AGCCCCAGGCCCCUGAGAACUCCCUUCCCAGGGAUACCAGGGGUUCAGGCCCCCAGGUCAAUGGCACGUGUGGCCGUCGAGCACGGGGCCCUGUCCUUGCCGAUGACCACAAAGACGCUGAACUUGCGAACACCCGGGGUUCCGAGGGUGGCGGGCUCCGGAUCCAGCACCGAGCCUCCAGCGCCGACGUACGCCAGGUGAAGCUGACACCCUUCGGGGCUGAUGGCCAGGGCAGCCCAUCGGCGCCGGAGCCCAGGCGCUGGUCCCUUCAGCACGUUCCAGAUGCUUCUGGAAGCUCUGGGAAGCGGUGCUUUGUCUUCCAGUUGCAGCAGCCAUCUCCAGGCAUGCCAGGGCUAGGUGGUGACUUGAACUUCGGGUUCACAGGCACGAAGGGGGACAGGUUGGUGAGGUACCCCCGCAUCCGGCUGGAAAGGAGCACCUCGUACCCCACGCAGCCCCGAGCGGAGCGCAGCAGCCCCACGGAGGAGCGGGGCCACCCAGAGACGCCACCUCGGGGCCACAGGGUGGCUCCCGAAAUCCACAGGACGAAUUCCGUGGAAAGGACGCCACAGGGUCAGGGCUGCACGUUUAAGAUCAGGCAAGAUCAAAACGCAGGGCAGCAGCAUUUCAGAAUUCUCGUGACUCGGGGGCCGGAGGAAGCCCACCAGAAUCCUGAGGAGAGCACCGCCACCAGCCCUGGUUCCGUGGUGGCUGCAGCCCCGACACGAGACGACUUCCUGGGACAGGUCGACGUGCCCCUUAGUCAUCUCCCGACAGAAGACCCAACCAUGGAGCGACCCUACACAUUUAAGGAUUUUCUCCUCAGACCGAGAAGUCAUAAAUCUCGAGUUAAGGGAUUUUUGCGAUUGAAAAUGGCCUAUAUGCCGAAAAAUGGAGGUCAAGACGAAGAAAACAGUGAACAGAGGGAUGACAUGGAGCACGGAUGGGAAGUUGUUGACUCGAAUGACUCGUCUUCCCAGCGCCAGGAGGAGCUCCCACCCCCACCCCUGCCUCCUGGCUGGGAAGAAAAAGUGGACAACUUAGGCCGGACUUACUAUGUCAACCACAACAACCGGACCACUCAGUGGCACCGGCCGAGCUUGAUGGAUGUGUCCUCCGAGUCAGACAGCAACAUCAGACAGAUCAACCAGGAGGCCGCGCACCGCCGAUUCCGCUCCCGCCGGCACAUCAGUGAGGACCUGGAGCCCGAGCACACCGAGGGCGGAGAGGGCCCCGAGUCUUGGGACACCAUUUCAGAAGAAGCAAGUAUCGCUGCAGACUCCCUCAGCUUGGCGCUGCCCCCACCGCCAUCCUCACCAGUGUCCCGGACCAGCCCCCAGGAGCUGUCCGAGGAACUGAGCAGAAGGCUUCAGAUCACUCCAGACUCCAAUGGGGAGCAGUUUGGUUCCUUAAUUCAAAGAGAGCCCUCCUCGCGGUUGAGGUCCUGCAGUGUCACCGAUGCGGUCGCAGAACAGGCUCACCUACCACCGCCCAGUGCCCCAACUAGGAGAGCGCGCUCAUCGACUGUUACGGGUGGCGACGAGCCAACGCCAUCAGUGGCCUAUGUACAUACCACGCCGGGCCUCCCUUCAGGCUGGGAAGAAAGAAAAGAUGCUAAGGGACGCACAUACUAUGUCAAUCAUAACAAUCGAACCACAACUUGGACUCGGCCUAUCAUGCAGCUGGCAGAAGACGCAGCUCGUGGACCCGCCACAAACAGUAACAACCACCUAAUCGAGCCUCAGAUUCGCCGGCCUCGUAGCCUCAGUUCGCCAACAGUAACUUUAUCUGCCCCGCUGGAGGGUGCCAAGGAUUCACCCAUACGCCGGGCUGUGAAAGAUACCCUUUCCAACCCACAGUCCCCACAGCCAUCACCUUACAACUCCCCCAAACCACAACACAAAGGCACACAGAGCUUCCUGCCGCCCGGCUGGGAGAUGAGGAUCGCGCCGAACGGCCGGCCCUUCUUCAUUGACCAUAACACGAAAACUACAACGUGGGAAGAUCCACGCCUGAAAUUUCCAGUACAUAUGCGGUCAAAGGCGCCUUUAAACCCCAAUGACCUUGGCCCUCUUCCUCCUGGUUGGGAAGAACGAAUUCACUUGGAUGGCCGAACAUUUUAUAUUGAUCACAGCAGCCAGGUGUUAUGUGGAGAGAGUGAUCCCAGAGAACCAGUGCCCUCAUACGAUAGCAAAAUUACUCAGUGGGAAGACCCAAGACUGCAGAACCCAGCAAUUACUGGUCCGAAGGCUGUUCCUUACUCCAGAGAAUUUAAGCAGAAAUAUGACUACUUUAGGAAGAAAUUAAAGAAACCCGCUGAUAUUCCAAAUAGGUUUGAAAUGAAGCUUCACAGAAAUAACAUUUUUGAAGAGUCCUAUCGGAGAAUCAUGUCUGUGAAAAGACCAGAUGUCCUAAAAGCUAGACUGUGGAUUGAGUUCGAGUCAGAGAAAGGCCUUGACUACGGGGGCGUGGCCAGAGAAUGGUUCUUCCUGCUGUCCAAAGAGAUGUUCAACCCCUACUACGGCCUCUUCGAGUACUCUGCAACGGACAACUACACACUUCAGAUCAAUCCCAAUUCAGGCCUCUGUAAUGAAGAUCAUUUGUCCUACUUCACUUUUAUUGGAAGAGUUGCUGGUCUGGCAGUAUUUCAUGGGAAACUUUUAGAUGGUUUCUUCAUUAGACCAUUUUACAAAAUGAUGUUGGGAAAGCAGAUAACCCUGAAUGAUAUGGAAUCAGUGGAUAGUGAAUAUUACAACUCUUUGAAAUGGAUCCUAGAGAAUGAUCCUACUGAACUGGACCUCAUGUUCUGUAUCGAUGAAGAAAACUUUGGACAGACAUAUCAAGUGGAUCUGAAACCCAAUGGGUCAGAAAUAAUGGUUACAAAUGAAAACAAAAGGGAAUAUAUUGACUUAGUCAUCCAAUGGAGGUUUGUGAACAGGGUCCAGAAGCAAAUGAACGCCUUCUUGGAGGGAUUCACGGAACUGCUUCCUAUUGAUUUGAUUAAAAUUUUCGAUGAAAACGAGCUGGAGUUGCUGAUGUGCGGCCUCGGCGAUGUGGACGUGAAUGACUGGAGACAACAUUCGAUUUACAAGAACGGCUACUGCCCCAACCACCCUGUCAUUCAGUGGUUCUGGAAGGCUGUUCUGCUGAUGGAUGCUGAGAAGCGUAUCCGGUUACUGCAGUUUGUCACGGGGACGUCCCGAGUACCUAUGAAUGGAUUUGCCGAACUUUAUGGUUCCAAUGGUCCUCAGCUGUUUACAAUAGAGCAAUGGGGGAGUCCUGAAAAACUGCCCAGAGCUCACACAUGCUUUAAUCGCCUUGACUUACCUCCAUAUGAAACCUUCGAAGAUUUACGAGAGAAACUUCUCAUGGCAGUGGAAAAUGCUCAAGGAUUUGAGGGGGUGGAUUAAGCGCCCCCUGCCCGGGAGUAGUUGUCGGUUGAGCAAGUCCUGCUUGCACUUUCGAAUUUGCCUAACAGACUUUGCAGAGACAGUGGCAGAAGAGCCCGUUGCACAGCCUGGCUCCUGGAGCAGAGCCUUCGCCUGGGACUUGCCCAAGUUCAGACGUGGGAACCCAGUCCCAGGCCGCGUUCCUGCAUUAUUUUCCAUCGCGAAUUAUCAACUGGUUGAUGUGUACACUAAUUACAUUUCAGGAGGACUUAUUCUAUUUAUGUUGUGCCUCUGUAGGCAAAGCCCUUAAUAAAUAUUUUACAUACUUUAUAAUGACAAUGAAUGGAAUUAAUCACCCUACAGGUAUAGUAUUACAACUCAUGUUUACUCUUUCCAAUGAUUUAGACCGAUUUUCCGAUUUCAUUUCAUUACAAUUAAAGAUGUCUCGUGUACUUGGAAAAGUGAGCUUUUUUUUUUUUUUUUGUAUUUGAAUUUCAUACCAGGUUUAAUGUCCGUGACAUUUUUAUUUUUGAAGUACAUUGACACCCUACCUUGGACUGUAUUAGAAUUGAAAAGCUGAUUUUUGUCCACAAAAACCUUCUUACAAGUAAUUUGAGAGACUAAAAUAUAACAUUAGGCGUAAUGAUAAUUUUUUCCAUACUCAGAGAGAAUGAAAACAAAGUGGAUAUUGCAUUUUUUUUUGUACAAAUUUAGCAUAAUAGCUACAGGCUGGGAGAAUUGUACCAUAGCAUGGCAAAUUUUGUGUCGACUUGAAGGCAUCACACCAUUAUUCCUUAGAAAUAAUUACGUGUGCUCUCACAUUUGAGACAGGGUUGGGCUGUCGUUUCUCAUAGAGAAAUUACUUCACCCUUCCUGAUGCUGUACAGUCGUUCUUUUAUUAUAUUUCCCCCUUUGCUGUUCGUAGUAGAGACAUUUGAAUGAAACUUGGCAGCACUUGAUUUGAAACUGUGGAAAACCAGAACUGUUUCGUCUCCUGUUUGUACAUGUUCGCCAAUCGCUAAAUAACCAAUGUUUGUUCUAACUGCACCAACUCUGAAGGCACUUUAUGUACUACAUGGAGGUCAUCCCUGGUUUUGUGUAUGUGUUGUUUUGGUUUGGUUUGGUUUUUAUCGUAGACAUUAAAUGUGAUGAUUAGUUCCUCUCCUCCCUGCACACGUCUUUCUGGUGCAAUAUCUGUCGAUAGUGAACCUGGCUGCUGGUGUAUAAAACCUAGCUGUAAAGCUGAGCCUACAGACCCGUCCUCGCCAACCGUUUUGUGAUUUCUACGCAAAGAUGAAUUUAAUAUGCACUUACUCAAACCGGUUUUGUUACCUGUGACAUGUUGCAUGCUUCAAUACCAUGUGUUGCCUGAGCUGUGUCUGUCGUUUGCUAGGUUAACAGUGAGCGUGAAGACAUUCACCUCGCUGCGGUCAGGCCGUUAAGCUGGUCGAGGCAGGGAAUCAGGGGUGUCUGUGCAGUUUGAUUCUUUGCCGCUUGUGAUUCUUUAUUGUGGAGUUGUGUCGUGUCUUGAGAGAACGCCUGAGGCACUGUGGGAGGUCAGCCACCCUGCUGUCCUCUUUAACCUGUGUUGUCCUAGACUCUGUCGUGGUAGUUAGGGGACACUAGAGAUUUGAUCUCUUGCCAGCCAUAAAUAAGACAAAACAUGGUAGUUUCAGGCCCUGCAUUUGUUCCGUAAAAAAAGGACAUGUUGGUGUAAGAAAUUCCAUUGUGGUGGCUCGUGAGAAGCCGUGAAUGUUUGUGGUUGUAAAUGAGUUCUCUGAAGGGGUGCGGAGAUCUGAGGUGUCUAGAAGAAGGCGAAUUUCUACAGAGCUUAGGAUUGACUCCCUUUUUAUAUCGAUUUUAAAAUCUCUAAUAGUGAUCAGAAAACUUAGCUGUUGAGUAGUUAGAGAAAAAAACAGUAUUGCUCCUUAUUUUUUAUCUGUUGGUGGGAUUUUUUUUCGCUGUGGUCAAUGUAACAAAUGUCUUGGGCAAAAACCCCCGUGUUGCAGCCCCUCCUGCUCCAGGGUCAGCUUUCUUUUGAAGACUCAUGCGAAAGCCUGGCUGGGUUCUGAAGUGAUCAUGUGACUGUAGAGGAGGACAUCCAGUGGUUCUAACAUAAGAACUGGGGUUCUUUUGUUGUUUUAAGGCUGCAUAUUCAAAAUCAGAAUAUUUGUUAAAUACACAUUAGGCAAAGUAUUGAAAAUAGGAAAGGAGAAACCAUCCUAAGGUAAUUUCUAUGCCAGGAACAGAUGAGAAUUAUGGAAAUACACCCCUAGUGAAUACUUGAAAGGCAGUAAUUGAGAAUGACAGCUCUGUUCAUCUGUCCCUUAAUAUCUGAUUUCAAUGACAGCUAAAGAGUGCUGGGUUUGGGGUUUGUUUUUGGCUUUUUUUUUUUAAGCCAAAUAAGGUUCUCUAGCUCUCAACAAUUCUGUGUUUUACCCUUGGUUGAAAAUAGUCCUAUAAUCUUGUUUUCUCUAAAUCCUGAUGACCAUUCUCCAUCAUCUUCAAGGCAUGAUGACAGAUGGCAGCAAGAAAGGUGCUGUGUGAGAGCAGACUGGUGGGUCAUUCCUUGGGCCUCCGUUGGCUCUGGUCAGCCGGCUUGGGGGCAGAGGCAGUGUACCCUUUUCUUGUUCUCCUUAGCAGUGACACUACUCUGAAGUUUAGGGCCUCUAUAGCUCUGUUUUAGAAAUUGCUUGAAUCCAGUUUUUUUUCCAGCUCCCGGAAGAAGGUAUCGUUCUUAUUGGCCAGUUUGCCAUGAGGUUACGAAGCCAGUUCCAGAGUUUCCACACUGUUUGUUGUUGGAGGUCUUUUGACGCCCGUUGUCACAGCUUUCUGUGGGUCCUGGAUACUUCUCUUCCUGCCCCUCGUUGGCCUGACGAUAAAUUUGGAAAGUCAGCCCAGUGGGAUUAGCUUCAGGUGGUGUGCUGCUUUUCUACCUGCUGCCUCGGGAACGGAAACAAGGAGGCGUUUGUCUGUUUGGCAGUUGUGUUCAGCUUCAGGGCUCUCUUCACAUUCUGUCCCCACUCCCCCACCCCAAAACGUUUUCCAUUAUUCACUUUUCUGUAACCAAUCCUCUACCACAUCACAGGAAUGUAAGAUGCUUCUUUGAGUUUUGGUAGCUGACGUCAGGUAUUCCCUAAGGUCAGAUGACGAAGGAGGUAAAGCGACCUGACAUGGGUUAUUUCUCCCACAUAAGGAUGCAGUGACAGAUUCUGAGAAACGGUUAGCAAAAUAUUUGAACCACUUUCUGCAUCUCACAUUGUUAAAAUAGACAGCAUGUACCAUUGCUUGCUGUUUGAUCUCGCCAGAUUUAAAUUGUCUCUCUUGAAAGCCAAGUUCAUGUGUAGUAAAUUACUAACUGUUGAACAUUUGACUAGCAUUUUCCUAAGUCUUGUUCUGAAAUUUUAAAAUCUAUAGAGACAGCCUGGGUUAAUCAAUUCUCUAGCCCCGCCCACUGUGUGUGCUAGCUUUCUUUGCUUCUUUCCUCCUCACCCUGAUUCUGGACGCCUUACUGACAGGGAGGGGAGGGGCCUGCUGUCUGGUGUCAUGCUCUGCCUUGCCAGUAGGGGGUGCUGCUGUUCAGGGUUACUGCCUGAGCUGUUCCCUUCCUGACCCCCCAGGAGAUCAUGCACUACCUCUGUCUCAUUCAGGAUCUGGGGUACAUCCCGAUCAGUCAUGUCAAAAACUGCCAAUUUCAGGUUUGAGAUGUGUUUUAAAAAAUCCUUAUGAACUCCUCUUUGUACUUUAGAUUUUAAAACUGGGAAGAAAAUGUGAUAUACUUUGGACCACUUUUUUUAAUUUCUCUAAGCCUUAAUGAACAGUGUAUAUACACUUGCUCACCCAUCCACCCACACACACACCACACACACACCCCAGAGUGUUUUCGGUGUGUCAGAGAAUGCCGUAGCAUCAGGACAUGAGCUUUGUGUAAUGUUUUAUAGAAAAGGAGAGCUUUCUGUGUUUGUGUGUGUGUGUGUGUUUGUGUGUGUGUGUGUGUGUGUGUGUAUGAGGUUUUCCAAGAAAACCUUUCAUGAGAUGUCAUCUUUGGUUAAAGGUGUUACACGCAAAGCAACGCAUGUUUAAAAUGCAUGUCUUUUUGUUGGUUAGUCUGUUUGUGAGGAGUAACAAUAGGAAUCUAACCGCACUGGCCACAGACCUCUGUGUACUGCGUUCUCAACCUUGUAUCAGUGCAUCAAAAGCCUUUCUCGUGACCAUCUCCCUGUGUCUGCGAACCUCUGUGUUCCAGUAGAAGCCAGGUCAUCCCUCCUACUCAGACUGAUUUCACCUAGAUUGUCACGGUAUCCUUUGCAUAACUUUGUUCUUUCUCUACUACUAUGUAUGUAAUAUAUAUACAUAUAUACGUCCAUAUGCUGUCCAAAUAUAUACGUGUAUAUUUGUAUAGCAUUUUUACACCUUUCUUGAGUAAUCUGGUUUUGAAAGGGAGUGAGAGUUUAGUCUCUCCUACAGUUUGCUCCAAGCUGUUUCCUGAGAAUUCAGACCCCCGGAGCCUGAGAGAACCCCCCGAAGAUGAUGUUAAUAUGCUGUCAUUUCUUAAUUCAGGAUCUAUUGUCAAAUGAAACAUGAAAAAACAGUGACUUUUAAGGUGAAAAGAGUUUCAAGCAUUCCAAAUGAAUUCUCAAUGUUUCAUAACUUUUUAUUAUAAACCCACCUCCUAAUAUAAAGCCAAGUACUAUUUGAUAUGGUGAUUAGAAACCAAACUGCUUUGAAAUUUUUUUAAAGACAACCUAUGGACAAUGCUCAUUUUCACAAUCCAGAGUAGCUUUAAACUGGUUGAAUUUGAUACAACACAGAAAACGUUUUGUUUAAGAAUAAAUCCUUUUGGCUUUUCAUUUUUCUUGAGAAAUUGUAGAUUGUUUUCCUGACAGCAAAAGAGCAAUGUGACAAAAUGAAGUCGUUGUAAAGAAGUGAUGCAACUUGUCAAAUAUUUAAUAAAGAAUUAUGGAAGCUGGAA